ACGUCAAAAAAAGGACCACUACAUGGAAAUUUUCUUCAUAUUACAGAUUUUCAUCCAGAUCCUCAUUAUAUAGCGAAUUCUACAGUUAAAUCAAAAUGUCAUGGAGGACAUCCAAAGGGCAAGAAACAACCAAGAUUUGCGGGAACUUGGGGUUCAUCGGUUACAUCAUGCGACACUCCUAUGAGCUUAGUAAAUGCAACAUUUAACUGGUUGGAGAAAAAUUGGAAUAAUAAAUUGGACUUUAUCAUAUGGACAGGUGAUAACUCUAGAAUGAUUGCAACCAAGUUUAUUGAAACAUUUUCUACUAAAGGAAUACGAUCAAAAAAUAAACCACAAUUUAUACCUAUAGUACCUUCAAUAGGAAAUCAUGAUAUUCAUCCUAAUAAUAUUCUUUUACCUGGACCAAAUGAAGUACUUUCAAUGCUUCAUUCAAUUUGGCAACCUUUUAUACCAGGAAAUCAACGAGAAACUUUUCUUAAAGGAGGAUAUUAUUAUACUGAAGUAAUUCCUAAAAAACUUAUGGUUAUAUCUUUAAAUACAAUGUAUUUUUAUAAUGCCAACACAGCAGUAAACGGAUGUAAAUCACCUGAACAACCGGGUACAAUUGAAAUGAACUGGUUAAAAGAAGUAUUAAAAAAAGCACGAAAACGAGGAUUAAGGGUUUAUCUUACCGGUCAUGUAGCUCCAAGAAAAAAGCAAUAUACGAAAUCUUGUUAUAGAGUAUACCAAAAAUUAUCAAUAAAAUAUCAUGAUCUUAUAUUAGGACAUUAUUAUGGUCAUUCAAAUAUGGAUCAUUUCUUUUUUAUUGGAGCAAAACGUUCUUUAGGCAAAUUUAAACGUAAUGAUUCGUCUAAUGCAAACGAUUAUUAUUAUGACGAUGAUGAUGAUUAUACAGAUGAUGAUUAUACAGAUUAUAUUGAAGAUUAUACAGAAGAAUAUGAUAGUUAUGAUAAAAAACAUUUUGAAAUAUCAAUCAAUAAAUCACCAUCUAAAAUUAACAAGUAUCUGAACAAACUUUAUAAUCAUUAUCGAUCAGUUCCUCCACUUACAGAAGGUGUUGGUAAAGAAUAUGCUGUUGUUCAUAUCAAUCCAUCCAUAAUUCCUGUAUUUUAUCCUGCAUUAAGAAUUUUUAAAUAUAAUACGACUGAAGUUGAACAUUACACAACUUGGGAUGAUUAUGAUAUGAAAGACCUGACUGUACCAAGCUGGAUUAACUUGGCACGAAAAGUCACAAAUCGAAAAUUUAAAAAUGUGUUGUGGAGAAAAAUUCAGGGUAACUUGAUGGUUGGUACGAAGUCAUUGAUAGGAAAGCAAGAUAUCGAAAAUCAAGAUAUUAUAUCCGAAGAACCUGAUGAACCUGAUGAUUUACUUGAAUUCUGA